UAAUGACUUAAUGAUUUAUAAGAAGAAAAAUCAACUGAACAUUUUCCAAUAAACAGGGCUAAUUAAGAACAAAAUGAACCCUGAGUGUUGCACACUCGUAUUACUUUGCUUGUUCUUAACAACAACGCAUGCGGCUAAAGAUAAAAGCAAUACCACCACACCAAUUGCAACGACAGUUCCCGAGGAUAAAGAAGAUAUAAUCAAGAUACGUGUUCCAGGGCAACGACGAGCUAACCGAAUUAUUCCUGAUAGUGAAUUUAAAUUCAGGAUUAAUAUCGUAGAUGGAGUUUUGAAAGUGGAGUUGUUGGGAGAAUCAAACUCGGAGAUGGAAGAAAUAUUGUUCGACAUGAUUAGAAAGAAAUUUAUCGAAGUAGUUCAGCCGUUUGUAUUAGAGGCUGAUACAACAACACUUGUUCCAGAAACUUCAACAAAAAAGAAGCCAACAAAUAAGAGAAAACCGACCACUUCAUGAGCUGCUUGUCAUUGAUUCUUCAUGCUUUCAUAAUAAAGGAAAAUUAUUUUUAGAAUAUA